AUGUCGACGCAGGUACUACCUAAGAAGAGAUCCAUCAGGAAUAAUGGUAAAAAGAGAUUGGAUCCACUAAACAACAACCACAAUGUGAACUUCAAUGAACCUUCCAAGUCGAGUCGGUAUACCCCGACGGCCAAUCAUCACCGUACGCCGCGACUGCCGUCGCAUCCGGACGGAGCCAAUGCGCCAGCCACAAAUCAUCUUCAUCAUCAGUCUCCGCCUAAUUCCAAUAUUUCCCUUGGCAACGCGUCGGGUGGGCAUGGCAGAAGGGUGAUUCUGAGCCGAAUAUUGCUGCAGUCCUCGCGGCAUGUCAGCAGAUCUUUGGCGGCUAAUGAACACGGCGAUCCCAAUGAGUCGUUCGAAGACCCCAGCAUCGGGUUCAACGAAAACAAGCACCAAAUCCUUUCCAAUUUCGAAGAGUGGAUCAAAAUGGCCACCGACAACAAAAUCACCAGCAAAAACUCGUGGCAGUUUGCCUUGAUUGAUUAUUUCCACGACUUGAACGUGAUCAAAGAUGGCGAUAACAUCAAUUUCCAAAAAGCAUCGGCGACGUUGGACGGGUGUGUGAAGAUCUACUCGAGCAGAAUAGAUUCCGCUGCAACCGAAACGGGGCAGCUAUUGAGCGGUUUGGCGUCGAAGACAAUGACUCAAAGAGAAGGUGGCAAUCGAAACCGCGGCGACCACCUCCACGGUAACAGUGGCGACGGCAGCGGCGUUGACAACGACAAUGACAACGCCAACUACGAUGAUGAUGAUGAUGAUGGUGGUGGUGAAGAUGGAGAUGGAGAGGGAAACAGCGCUGAAAAUGGCGAUAACCAGCCGGGAGAUGUGGAAGACGGGUCUAGAAAGAAACGGAAAACGAAUAAAGUUGUCCAGUCUACUCUUGUCGAGUUUGAUAGCAUCCGGAUAAAAAAUCUAGAUGAAGAGUUGGCUAUCGACGUGUUGUUUAAAAAGGCCUUGGCUGAAUUUGAUGAAGGAGGAGCCAGGAGCUUGCUACUAAAUACAUUGGGCAUUGACUCGAAUGGAAGAGUCGUGUUCGACGCUACUUCCAGCCAAACUAAAAGAGGUGAACUCGAUGAGGGGAUCUUGUCCUUGUCGCAACCUAUGGAUGACCAGGGUGGUGACGACGUUGACAUUGACAACGAUGAUCUGUGCCUUGAGAGCUUGCUGAAGUUUGUUGACUUGGAAAUCGGUGCUGAUAGUGAUGGCGGUGAUGAAGGCGAUAAUUUCGAAUCAAAAAGCGUAUGUCCUUCCAUUCACGAGUUUCAUUCGGCUCUUGAAGACGUGAACAAGGCCAAAAGUAUUCUCAAUGAUUUCAACAACAAGAUGGCAACCGAACCGGAAAUAUACACUGAAACCGUACCUGCCAUGACAGACGAUCACGACAAUGGCAACUACAAUGACAACGACAACGACAACGACAACGACAACGACAACGACAAUGACAAUGACAAUGAUUUUGACAUGAACCUAGAUAACGCCGAUGGCGGAGAUGCUCACAAUGAGCCACUUGCUCAAGUUGGCGACGUUGUCAUACAGAAGCUCUUUGAUGAUCACAACAGCUCGGAAAACGAACACAAGACCCCCGUGGCGAUCUUGGAUGAAGAGUUGAUGAACUACUUUGACGAGAAAAUGAAGCUCAACUGGACUGGUCCUGAGGACUGGAAGCUUUCAGCAUUCAAGAAAGCCAACAACAUAGACCAAAUGGAAAAAGCGAAGCCGAAAAAGACCGAACCUGGCAAGAAGAAAAAACAAGUAUCGACAAUCGAUUUCUUUGAGUUGGAAAAUGAGGACGAAGAUGUCUUGUUCAAGCCGCACCGAGAAAAGAACUUUAUCAAUCUAAAGACGGCCAAUGCCUUUGAUACAACCGACAAGAACAUUUUGCAAGAAUUGAAGGAGAAAAACUGCUUGCCCAACGAUAUACAGUUCAACUCAUUGAGGCUAAUAAGUUUGAUACAAAAGCCACAUGUGCGGAUAUCUGUGUAUCCUGCCAGGAGUGAAAAAAAUAACCCAUCUGAACCUGGAGAACGGUUGACCGAUUCGACUUUUUUCGCUGAGCAGUACCGUGAGCGUGAUUUGCAGUUGCAGAACGAGACGGGAUUGGAAACCAGACUAGAGACUUCGUUGCACCAAGCCGACUAUGAGGACAUAGACAACGAAUAUAAUGCAGUUGAUUUCAAUGAUGCAUUGGAAAAUGGAAACGAGCAGUCUCGUCCACUCAACGCAAUCAAUGACGACCAUUUUUCAGCCCAAGAGGCUCAACCACCGCUUAUACAAAACUUGGCCACCAGGCGCAAACCGGACUACUUGACAUUCUCGCGUGUUGCCAAAAGAGUUGACAUCAAGCUCCUCAAGAAUAAUCUUUGGAAAGCGAUCCAAGAUGAAAAGGCAGCCGAGGUUGAUGCCGAUGCCGAGAGCAAAGACGAUGCCGAUGGCAAAGACGAGGACAAACAAAACUCUGUUGUGAGGCGAAUCAAGUUCAGCCAAGUGGUCAAGGGAAUCAAGGCAAUGUACAGGCCCGAGCAGUUUCAAGAGCUUUCGACGAGUUUCUGUUUCAUCUGUGUGCUUCAUUUGGCCAAUGAACAUGGAUUGACCAUUGAGAGCAACGAAGAGAAUGAUAAUUUGGAAAUUAUCGGAUUUUGA